UGCAUGCAUGCAUUCUUUUCUGUCUUAUUCUGCUUUUUCUUCAGAUAUUUUCAGUUCCUUUGAAAUGGAGUACAUCUUCAAAAAUUGGAUCUCUAGAAAACCUAGUACAUGCCCCAGGUGGUGGGCAUGUGGCAAUUCAGAAACUUAAACUCAUGUGGAAAGCUCUGCCAAAAGUUGGUUCUUUGGACAAUGUGAAGCAUAUUCCAGGCGGUGGGGAUAAGAUAAUUGAAGAUAGUCCCCUUAAGUUGAAUGCUACAUCAAAGGUUGGCUCUUUGGAUAAUAUUGACCAUGUACCAUUUGGUGGAGAUAAAAAGAUUGAGACAGUUCCUUUAAAUUGGCAGGCUAAAUCUAAAGUUGGCUCAAUGGAGAAUAUCUAUCAUAUAUCUAAAGGUGGCGAUGUUGUAAUUCCCAAUGAGAAACUUGAAUGGAACGCUUGGUCAAAAGUUGGUUCAUUAGAAAAUAUUUCACAUAAACCACAGGGAGGAUUUGCACCUAUAUAUAAUAAAAUCACAAAGUGGAAGAAACUUUCUAAAGUUGGAUCAUUGGACAAUACUUCCCAUACACCCAGGGGAGGUGACGUGAAGAUAAUUGAUGAGAAACCUAUUUGGUGUGCUGGCUUAAGGGCUGGCUCAUCUCAGGACAAUUUUACUAAAAAAUCGAGGAGACUUCUAACACCCAUACAGUCUGCUAGACCAAGGGCAAACUCUGAACCAUUCUCAACUACAUAAAACAGUUAUACAAUAGUCAAAUGUCUAGAGGACAGGCCAGUGUUGACCAAUAACAAGGUUGUUUGACUUGAAGUGAUGUAUGGGGCUUCUAGAAUGCCUGUAGUCUACUAACAGAUGUUGACAAUGUGCAAUACAAAUGUACAUUUUAAAGCUACCAAACUUCAUAAGGAUCGUGAAGAACUGUUCACUUAUGCAACUGAAAAAUACUAAUUUAAUAAAAGAGAUACCAAGCAAAAUGUUUCUCUAAAGCUAC